GUUACAGUUUUUUUUUUUUGCAGUACUAGGUAGUCACCACGCAAACGCAAUGCCUCAUGGCGAGAGAGAAAUUCAAGAACGACGAGUGAAGAUCGACCUUUUUUUCUCUAGCACAGUAAAACAAAAGUCGUCGUUGUAGUUGUACAAUUAGGUUGCUGGACUAAAGCUAUAAUGACGUCGUUGUAGUUGUGCAAUUAGGUUUGCCAUGUAAAAAAAUUGUUUUGAAUAUACUGGUGUGCAUCUUCAACUUUAGCAAAUUACAAAUGUGAAUCUGUUGCAUCGAUCCUCGUCACCCCAAAAUAAUCCUUUAGGCUUCUCUUGUUGAGUUUAUUAACCAUAAUUGGUUGUCAGAGAAUCUUAUUCUGAGAGGGAUCCAUCAAGACCACCAACAACUUUGACUUUAGCACCAAAUCAUCCCUACUCUUCUAUUUCCCCAAAGUAAGAAGAAGAUCAGCGGAAGAAUGAAGACCGCGCUGCAUUGCGCGAAUACCGUCGAACCACACGAGCUCGUUGCCGAUCCGACUAACGCAAAGCCCCCUCCGCCUAUGAAUAACAUCAAUAAUUGUUACAAUUCCCUUGACCCGACUGCAGCCGAAGCCGAGGAGCCCACUCGCAACGAAGAUAAAACCACAACACCUCCCCCGUCCUACAAGACUGCGAUUACAUUCGGGACGUUUGACCUUUUUCACCUAGGUCAUUUGCUGAUCCUCGAACGUGCGGCGGCUUUUGGAGAACGCCUCGUGGUUGGCGUAUCCAGCGAUGACCUCAUUAUGAUUGAUGAUGGAGCACUGGCACAUUGUAGAUAUGAUAAUGUUUCAUGUUUGUACAACAAGAACUGAUACUACAAUACCUUUAGCUUUACAAGAUGUAAUUAGUCCAGUUUUGUCCUUUUCGAAGCACGUGUUCUAACCCCUCUUUCCGCAAAAAAGGGAAAAAGCCGAUCUUUGACGAAGAUGCCCGUGUCCAGUUAGUGAAGAGUCUGAAGUGUGUGGACGAGGUUUUUAUCGAACAUUCUUUGGAGGAGAAACGGCAGUACUGUAUCGACCAUGGUGCUUCCGUUUUCAUCAUGGGCGACGACCACCUCGGUCGCUUUGAUGCCAUGCUUAAGGGUAUUGAUCUUUUGAUGAUGAACUUGAAGACCACCUCAAGAAAACCAUACAUUUUUCUGCUCUGAUCAUGCUCUGAAUGAGCUUAUAAAGAAGACUGUUAGUUGCACAUGCACUCUAUCAAAGAAAACUACGAAGUCGUAUGCAUCGAUCGAAUUUUUCCAAAAACCAAAUCUCUCGUUACAGGUGUCUGCGACUGUCAUUAUUUGCCGCGCACAAAGGGUGUGAGUUCGACGGAUAUUGAAAUCAUCUUAUCUGAGCGCCUGUCGAAAGGUGGAGUGAUGGAUAAAGCCGCCAAAGAAAUGCUAGAGAAAAGCAUGUACUACUUUUUUUCGCUUUAGAUGAUUUGGCAUCGCGCUUAAGCGCAUGCAUCUCGCCCACCACGUGUGCGCUGCGGAGGGGGGCGCUGCUGUGCUCCUAAGGAGUUCCAUGGAGAUGGGAAAUGCCGCGGCGGACAGCGUGGAGAGGAGGGCCGCUUUUGCGCCGGACUAUUUUCGACUCUGUGGAAGCGUCUGGGUGGGUUGCUCUGCGUUCAUGGGCACCGAGGGGAGCACGGGGCCGCGCACUCCUGAAUGGGGGAGGUGGCUGCUUGGGAAGCUUCCUAGCUCUACGCCAAGAGGCUGGCACAUUUCCCGAAAAAUCUCCACAAAUGGCGAGGGGUCUUGGGCCGGCGGAUGUGAUCUGGCGCAGUUGGUUCUGCACCGCGUUGCGAGAGCACUUCCCGGAGAAGCGAGCUCCGGCGAGCGUUCGCGGCGCCAUCGGAAUCUGAUGGGUCUGGAUUGCCUGCGGGAGUCUGCCACAUCCCCAGCACAGACGGGCGCGCAGAUUGGCGGCGCGAGUAGCAGCAGCGGAAGCCGGCCUGGCUCGGCGCCGCGCACCUCGUCAAUGUUGCCACCGGCUUGCCGCAUUUCGAUAAGUCGCAGGCUGCUCCGCCUCCGAGCGUAGAAGCGGCGGCCUUUUUUUUGAAGUGGGGGAACCAAGGCGAAGGAACUGCGCGGCUGAUAAGGUGGCGCUUGUUGCAGGGCUUGCUAUGGACUUAGAUAGCGAACGCCGGGCGAUGACGCGGGGGCCGGUGUCUCGUAGAGAAGAGCGCCAGGAGCGGACUGGCCGCCUGGCUCCUGGAGUCUUCCGCCUUGGAAGAUCGGGGGCUGCUGCGUCUUAGAACGUCCACGGGCGGCAGGCUUGACCUUGCCACCCACUUCGUCCCAGGAGACGAAGGCAGAGGGCGCCGCCAUAAGACCAGGAGCCGGGUUGGGUCUUGGACCUUGGGACCACCCUGAGGCGCGUGAACGCCUUGGGCCCUUGUAUUUUGUGACGUGCGACGCGUGGCGACUGUCUUUCGAGCUGUGCGCGGGAGCAUGCGCGCAGCGCCUGAGGCACAGGCAGCGCAACGAACUGAGGACAAGGGGCGCAGGUGCAUGCGUGACAUGCUUCGCGUCAUGUAUAACAGCCCACCGGCGAAGAAAAUGCACGCCCUUGGCUCGAAGACAACACCGCGAAACUUUAAGGGGGCUGGCGCUUCUUCUGCUGGUCACGUCACCCGGGAGCGAGUGGGGGCCGCGCUAAUAAUAGACGAGGCGACUCCACCCAUGGCGGCGAAGUAUUGCAGGCAGGUGCGCAACAAUCCGGACUAUGCUCGCUGUCGUGGUCACAAGCGCCAGGCGAUGACCCGCUGCAUGGCUCUGCUCGUUGCGGCCGCUCGCGCAAAGUCGACGCGCAAGAUGGCGGACAAGAUGAGCAGGAUGGCCCGCGGUGAAUCCGGUAGUUGGGGGCGCUACUACGUUGAUGAUGCAACUUUUCGGAACGAUGACGCAAAAAAUGAGGGCCGCCAACGCGCCAGGCCUAGGCUCCAACAAUGCGCCGGCACCCAUAUCGCUUUCUACUCCUAUGCGUCCCCGUGCAGUACCUUUGGGCCAUGAGAAUCGGCCAGCAACUGGAGAACUUAGGGGGGUCGCUAUUGCGAGGAACAAGGGGGCGCCGGAAACUACUAAGACAGCCGCCCGGUGCCGUCAACGAGUUGGAAGCCAUGGGCGCAUUGUAAAGGGUGACCCCAAAUGCACCAGUAGCAGCACCACUAGAGUGAGCCGGGCCGCGUCAAAUACUGGGGCCAGGCCCAAGGCAGCAGUCGGAUCAACUCCAAAGGCAACAGGCUCUAGUAGUACUAAUUUUAUGAUCGGCCAGACUUUCAACGAGGAGCACCGCGCAAAGAUCUGGCCGCGCUUGUGCGGCAAUGGCGUGAGGGUGUUCUCUCUGGAGGAAGGACGGCUCGGGGGUGCGCUUCUCCAUCGGGAUAGUGAGUGAGGAAGGGGAACAGUCGCGCGCAGUUCCAUGGGCACCACCGCGCCAGGACGGUUGGAACGCGGGAGGGCUGCAGCUACCGAUACGGGCCAGCAGCUCACCGCGGUGGCUUUUCAUAUCUUCGGCACUUGCGGCAGUUGGUUCCGCGUGUUGACUUGAUUACUACCGCGUGAGCCUGGGGGCUUCUGUCCGAAGCGCCUCGCCGUUGCGGAUAGGGAACGCCGAGACAAAAUGGCCAGCAGUAGCAAGGGCAGCAGCGUGGAAGCCUGCGGCUAGGCUGGACAGCCUGCAACUCUCCGAGUGAAGUGGAUGCUGCAGCUUCUGAGCUGCGGCGCGCCUCGCUAGAAACCGGCCGCAGCCAGUUUUGGCCCGGCUCUGCUUGGUGUGCCGCGGCGUCUUCGUGCUGGACUGGUUCUGCGACAAGGGCGGGCGGCAGCGUGGGGCGGGGGCCCUUCUGGUGGCCGGUCCCGCUGGUCGGCGGCUUGGUCGGUCGUGUGUGGAGUUAGUUUUGCGGCACUGCCUGGCGUCUAGUUGUAAUUUGCGCCAGGCUCGCCGGUUGCGUUCGUGGCGGGUUUGAGGUCUUUCGCCGUUCAUUGUGCGCGCCCGUGAGGCGCUCGCCCUGUCUGUAAAGCUGUGUCGCGCGGCGUCUCGCUACUAACUUGCGCGAUUUUUUCGUUGGCAGGAGUGAGGCGCAGGCUUCGCGGUCAGGGAGACAUGGGUGGGAGUACUUGUUUUAGCGUAUAGGUCAGUGGAUCGAGUGGGUGAGUCAAGUCAACUCCGCGACUGGAUGUUUUUCGCGUUUUGAUUGAUGGGGCGAAUGUAAGAACCUAGAGCUAGAAGACUUUGACUUUAUCUUUGCGCACCAAGGCGCACCGGCUGGGCCGUUCUGUCGUCGCCAAUGUUUCCGAACGAAAAAGCAAUGGCGCUUCAGCUCGCUCCAUUGCCUCCUUUUCUUUCAGGUAUGAUUCUCUGAUCUCCUGCACCACACCAAGCGCGGCGACUGUGCAGCCAGAGAGCGCUCCUACAGCUGAGGGAAACUCUUUGAAAGAGUUAACUGAAGAAAACCUGAAAUCUUGGUCCUCUGGAAACAAGGGAACAAGCAAGAAGCUCAUUUCCACCGAACUCUUUUUCAAUCAGAACAACGACGAUGUUCUUGAGGAGCACCUGACGUCGACGUGUGACAAAAAUGCACUUUUGCAGCACAGCACGCAGGUCAAGGACCAAAAAACUUCUUCUAAUGCGAUCAUGUCAACUCCAGUGUUGAAGCACAAAAUUGUAGAUGAGGAAGCAGAGGUGUAUCAGAAUACCAUGUCACCUCCUUCGUCCUGCUCGACUGGCAACUCGUCUCCUCUCUCAUCAUCAACGAGGCACGCACCAGCUCGUACUACAGUAGGAACUAUGACGCCAUCGCCAACUUUUAUGAAACAGAAACCCAACAUGACAACCACAAUUAAGGAUUUCCGAAUUACAUCCCUCACGACUACCAUCCUUGGGCCCUUUUCCUAGUAGAAAAGAAGCCAGGGAUGUAGGUCUGAGGCGUGUAAAAAUUCUGUAACCUCUAACACAAGCUGCGGAAUGCUGAACCCAUCUUCAUCAACAAUGAAACGCACGCCCUCAACUGCAACUACAGUGGCUUCGCUAGCCGCUUCAACAAAGAUUAAGGGCUCACCUCCUUUGUUGAAUGGCCACGUGUGCAGUCUGCCAAUGGGCGUCGACUCUAGUGUCGCUGAGACCAUGAUGGGGAGCAGCUGCAAGGACGAUAUCAAUGCUAGUACAACGACUCCUGUGCUGCGUGCGCGAGUAGGCGGAGGUACUAGUGCCUCAUCUUCAAGCAGUAGUCCUAAGACUAAGACAAGCCUGCUGAACCACGCUUCUUGUGACGCCUCAGCGACCAACCUCACCCAUGGUGAGCGAACAGAGGGCACAAAUGCAGUAUCGAAGUGCAUCGAUUCGGUCAUGUAUUUUCUCGUCUACCUGCAUGACGAAUACUACUUGUGGAUCCAGUACCUCUGCUCCCCGAUUUGCAAAGCCAUGCCUCGAGAGGUGAAUGGCAUAACGGUCUUCACAGCAAAUAUCGUCACUUACGCACGAACUUUGCUGACGCUUGUUAUCUGCUACUUGUUGAAGACGACUACGACGACUAGAACUACCACCUCUACUGUAGAGACUCCUGUUGGUUCUACUGUUCUUGAGACUGUUGAGACUGUUGGUCUUGGUUCUGGAUACAACAUGAUGAGCAAUUUAUUGGCAGCUUUUCUCGUCAUGUUCCACGACUUCUUGGAUCAUGUGGAUGGGGUUGUGGCGAAGGUACUUCAUACUUAUGAAGAUUUUGAAAAAUAUUGAUAUUUCUUGUUUCUGACUUUGAAAUAAUCCUUGUGUACUCUCUGUACGUGUACUCUCGACCGUGUUAGUCGUAGCGGAUGCAUCUCUCGAUGACGUUCUCUCGAACUUGAUCCUAGCCUCUAGCCUUUAUUUUAGUGUCUCUAACAUCAUGUCUCUUCUUGGAUCAUGUGGAUUCUUUUUGGAUGGGGUUGGAUCAAAAAUGGAUGGGGUUGGAUCGUUACUCCUUCAAAAAUCACAUCAAGGUCCAGCGUGAGGAUGGUCGAGCAGCCGGAGAUUGCGGCAGAUGGGGUGGCUUUGUUGAUGCACAGUGCGAUAAAAUCGUUUUUUGCACAUGCUUGUGGACUCUGAUUGUUCUCAACGAUAUUUCAGGGAGCGAGGCAAGUGGAGGUAUUUUUGUUCCAUUUUAGCCUUGAGUGUCGCUCGCUCCUAUCGCUGGAACUAGUGUCCUCAGAUGCUACAUAAUACAACAGAAUAGAGGUCCUCGAAAGUCUAUUAUCUCAUCAAGGGAAUCCAAAUUGAUUUGAUUUUCACAAUGAAUUCAAUUCCUCUGAAGAAACUCAAUCUAUUCUACACCAGCUCCAUCUCUCCUUGGCAUCACGUUGACUGGAACUUGUUUUGGUUUGAUUAUGAUGGAGUUAGCCAUCGCAUGGGUUCGAACUCGCGAUUACUAUCAAGCAGUUUAUGCGAGCACAAAGGCUCAAGGGGCUUUGCGAGCUAUCGGCGAAGGCAAGCUGAAACAGAAAAUGGAAAGCUGUGGGGUAAUAAUAUCCAUACAAGAUGAACAUUUUUUUUUUCUUUCAUCUCUUCACUAUAAUCAAAUGUAAAAAUACAACAUGGUUGCAGCACAGCACUUCUAGGUUGUUCACGUUCAACCAUUUAAAAGAGCAGAAAGAUCUUCGACUUAUUUAUUGCGUCAACAUCAGGUUCCUCCGAUUCCCUUUUUUCCAAAUUCCCUUUAUUUUUUCAGGUAGCAGCACUGUGUUUGAUUGCUCCGACGCCGUGCGCUUAUCCAGUCACCUGUUGGACGGCAGUGGUGUUAUUGUGGGUCGGCAUCUAUUUCGCCUACAAAAGCUUGGAGCAUAAGCUUCGACAUUCGGUCGCAUAG